GGCUUUUUACAGUUUUAGACAAUAUCUUCGUUCAGCGUGUUUACGACAUAUCCCUCAAUUUCCGACCCAUUCUCUUUUGGUUGCUAGGCGUCCCAAAGCGUCAUGUCUGUUUGGGUACGAGCUAAAUGCUAAGUGGCUCUUAUCUGUGUAGGUGAAUGCAAAUAUACAUACUAAUAUUAAAAUGGCGACAGCGUAACACUUCGACUGGAAAAUAUCACCCGUUGGCCUUGCUGUUAGUAUUGAAACGUCUGUUUUACCCCACGUUAGCCGAUUGCUGCUAGCUCUCGUCAAGAAUGUCUUAACCUCGAAGAUAAGUGUUCAUCGCUCGUGAAUGUGUUUUUAUCUGGGUGCUCACAUGAGCUCCAAAGAAGACUCCAAUAUGGGGGACAUCUUGGCAACGGAGGCCAAUCUUCUCGGGAUGAUAAAGGAGUACCUGAAGUUUGAGGAGUUUGAGCAGACUGCACUAAGUUUUGAAAGGGAGUGUAAGAGCAAAGGCAAGCUGGUCACAAAGCCUCAGGGAAGUAAUCUGCGAGACUCAAAGACCCAAGUUAUUCUGACGGAUCUACUUUGCUCAUUUGACGAUGGAGACCAAAAGGUGUUUUUUGAAAUUUGGACGGAGAAUAUUCCAUCUGAACUGAACAACACAGACACUGAGGCUCAAAGCCUUGAGUUUUACCUUAACAUCUAUUUUGCCAUAUACCCUUUAAGACGGCAUCCGGGUAGACAUGAUUUGGCAGAAUUUGAGGAGCGGAUUUGUCUUUUCAGAAAGUACCUGGAGACGAGGGGGGCAGCACUGAGCCAGACCACUGAGUUUUUACCUUAUUACGCACUGCCCUUUGUUCCCAACCCCAGCACCCACCCCUCCUUCAAGCAUUUAUUCCAGGAGUCGUGGGCACCAAAGCUGAAGGACAGACUUGAGCAGUUUCUUGUGGCAACAUUGAAGCCAUACUGCACUCCAAAGCUGCUGGAAUUAUAUAGAGACGGUGGCAGAAACACAAAAGAAAUGAUGCAGCAGAUGCAGCUCCAACUGGCUGAAUCGGACCGACGCAUCUCUAGCUAUGUUCGCAAGUUUAACAAGAUAAAAGCUGAUUACCACAACCUGAUUGGCAUCGCUGCCGAACUGGUCGACUCAUUAGAGGCUUCCGUCAGCGGAAAAAUGUUCUCCUCUGAGUACGUCCAGAGUGUAUGUGUUCGCCUGCUUAGCAACCAGAUGAGGCAGAGCGUGGUGCAGAGCACCGACUUCACCAGGCCAGGCACGGGAUAUUACUCUUUGAGUCCCUAUGAUGAUGGCUAUGCUUCUUCAAUGCUCCGAGCCUCCAUCGGACCACAGAGGUCCAAAGAUGUCCCGAUGCUGCCUUCACUAGAUUAUGAGAAGCUGAAGAAAGAUCUGGUUGACGGUUCAGACCGACUCAAAGCCCUGCUGCUUCAGGCACUACGUUGGCGACUGACUCGGUCACUUCCUGGUGAGCAGAGGGACACGGUUCUUCAGGCCUACAUCAGCAACGAUGUACUGGAACGAUACAGCAACAAGCAGGUGACCGUUCUCCAUUUGCUGAGGUCAAAGAAUGAGAUGGUCCGACAGUACACAGCACGGCUAAUUAAUGCAUUUGCUUCUUUAGCUGAGGGUCGUGUUUACCUCUCUCAGAUUCCCAUUUUGCUGAAAUUGUUGAUGGAGACGCUGAGGCAGGAGGACAGAGACUCUCUGACUCGAGAGAAUGUGCUGGUAGCUUUGCAGAAACUCAGUCUCAGGAGGAGUCAGCAGACUUUGAUGAUUGGAGAAGAUCUGAUUAGCUGGUUGGUUGAUGAGCUGCAGGACACUGAAUAUUUGACGGUCUGCACCCUGGAGUACUCAGCAGCCCUACUGAUGAACCUGUGUCUGAGAACUAAAGGAAAGAGGAAGUGUGCCAAGAACGCCAAACAUGUGCUCAAGGUUCUGACUAGCCUUCUUGAACACGAGUAUCAUGAGGUUCGUCCCUAUGUGAACGGUGCUCUGUACAGCAUCCUGUGUCUUCCGUCAGUGAGACAGGAGGCCAAAGAGAUGAGUGUGGAGGAGAUUCUUCGCUCAUGCAGCAAAGAGGACAACGCAGAUCAUCACAGGCAAAUUCAGUUAAUCAUCAAGCAGCUAAACUCAGCUGAGGAAGAGGGUCCGGACUCUGAUGAUGAAGAGGAAGAAGACGACAAUGAUGAAGACUUACUGGAGACGGACGUUGAUAAAGAGGAAGUUCUACAACCACAGCCCAGGGAACUUUCUGGAGAGAGUUUACUCACCACGGAGUACUUGGGCAUCAUGACCAACAUGUCAACUUUGAAGCAGAAGACAACCCCUCUCCCACAGUCGAGUGUGGACGAACCUUUACAGCGACCAGUCACACCAAGCUCUCAUCGGAAUGCAAAAAGCCUUGAGUAUCUGGUCCAAAAGAAGAGUGAAGGAGGAAGUCUGCCCCCAUCCCAGUGCAACUCAAGACCUCCUACGAGGUCUGGCAACCGCCCCAGCACGGCAGACUCUCUACGUCACAGCAUCGACUCGGAGUGUGGCCGGUUGUCUCUGGAGUCAGAGGUGGACAGUGCAUACGACAGCCGAGCCAGAAAAGGAAAGUCCCUGGUGCAACACAAUGGCACCUCAGCCAGUGUCGAUCCGGCGUUCGCCAGCAAGCCUAAGAUUCCUCGAACCCCGGAUGCAGAUGCUCGGCGAAGUCGAGGUUUGGCUCUGGCGCCUCAGCUCUCACAAUCCGAGCCGCAGCUGAGCAGCCGGCCCGUUUCUGCCAGCCCCAGCAGUGAAGGCAGGAGGCACAGUGGAAGUAAGUGCGACACUGUCAGGAAAUUGGAUCCUCAUCAGAGUCUUGCAGUUGAAACGGCUCAACAUGCAACGACAGUCAUUACUGACCUUUAUGAUUUCUCAUUGCUGCUACGUGUGACCAAAAAAAAGAUGUCGAAAAAGUUUAUCUCUGAGGAAAAGCAAAGUUUAUCGCCUCACUGAAAUACGUCAUUCUGAUCAGACCCUGUCAUUUAAAUCCUAAAUAUUUAACUUGAGCCUCCGCAGGAUUCAAGUGAACCACUCUCCUGCUCUUAGUGGGAUAAAAAUCUUUCCGGGCAUCUUCAUUGCAUUUAAGGAGCGAUGACCUCGGGCUCAUCCGCCUGCUCACUUACCAUAAAGACUGUAAUAGAUCUAAUGGCAGGCCGAGCCGCCACUUCCCCUUGAGAGUGUCUGUUGUGCGGCCCAGGUCUGGCAUGCAUCAUCAUUCAGACCCACAUGGCAAUUGCCUCUUGAUCGGAGCUGAGCGUGAAAGAAACCGGUGCCAGUUCGUGUUGGAGGCCUGUCUUUCUGAUGGAUUCUGACCUGACCGUGGUCUCUGCUGACUGUCAGGUCUCAUUAUCGCCAAUUGUUGCCGCUUGUUAAAGCUGUGCUGCAGGGGAGGGGGCAGCAGCCGCACACCGAGGCACGAACCCCCCACGUCUGGUGGAGACGCUGCUGACUGAUUCUCUGAGUAAAGACACAGGAGGUGUUUGUAUUUGGGGGCCACCCACUCUGCUGACGAAAAACAAGAAGAGGGGCCUGUUGGUGUCGUAACCCGGCCACGAUGGGUGGAAAAAAUUCACCUGAUGACUUCACGUGAUGGCAGUCUUGUUUUGUUGAAGUGCAUCUGAAGAAGGUGGAAUGGGAACAGGGGAAGGAAUGUCGAGUGGAAAUGAGGAAGCGGUACAAAGUGGUUACGCAUUACACAGCCUCAUCUUUGGAUACCAGACCAGGGGUUAAGUAUUUCUUUGAAAGUUAUGUUGAUUCAGGGAUAAACAAUAGGGGUGUGCGGAGAGGGAUGAUUGACAGCUGAAGAAUACACGACAUCGAAAGUGCCCUGGAACGCCACGCAUUCUUUCCUUUGUGCGUUACACUUUGUUUGCUCACAUUCAUCACAUAGAAGUGUCUACUCAUGUUAGGGUGUGUAGCUGGUGCUAGUGCUCCAGGGUACAUAUACCUGUACAUGUGUAUGGAGGACGACAUGAUAAUGAUGGUGACAAUUUAGUCAUGCCACAAUUUCCCUUAUGACACACUCUCAAGACAUAACAGGAGCCCCUUUGUUGUAUCACACCCUUUGAAGAAUCCAUAGCACUGGCAUCAUGGUCCAGUCGGUGAAAGGUUCAACAUCACUUUCCCAUAAACAUAGUCAAUGCCUAUUGUAAGUCAUUCAACAUGCGAGACUUAGAGGGUCCCACAACAAUCGGGAGCCAUAACAGAGGCUCAAUUGAGAUUUUUCUGACCAUGAUUACCUUUAAUAUAUUUUGAGAGGGAAUAAGAAGGGUCUGCUUUUGUUAUUUUUCUACGAUUGUUCUACGAGUGUUUGAGACCCAAGAAGAGUCACAACGGAAUUUGUAUUUAUUUAUUUCAUUUUUUUAGAGCUGCAAAUCGGACACAGGCAAGUGUUCUAAAAAUGCAGAGCGAACUCUCUCCUAAAGAGGUGGAGCUAACACUGCACACAAAUAUGUUCUCUGUUCUCUACUGUCCACAAAUGAUUUUGUUUCAUUUAAUAUUAUAACAGCUCAACCACUUCCUCUGUGUAUCAGUGCCUGGUGUCACUAGUUGUGUGUAAUGAGUUACAUUUCUCUGCAGCGGUAACUACCCUGCUUUCAGUGCCUAAACAGGUGUUUUUAGUCUAAAGAAACGAUCAAUAUCAACAUCACAACAUUGUUGUCGUGAUAUUUUUUGCCUGCGAUAAUCUUGCUGGCCGAAAAGCUUAUCUUAUUCCAUAUCCUCUUUUUCCUUCAUUUAAUAUGGAUGUUUUUGGGAUCAUUGAUGAACAGCAAGUAUGACCCAGCUAGAUUCAUCACUCCUUUGGUUGGCCCUGUGACCUGCUGGUCUCCAUCAUGAAUGCCCUCAGUUCCUAAUAGCCAUGAGAUGGUUUCUCCCCGUCCUCCGUCCCCACCCUCACUGCAGGCCACCAGUCGAAGAAGAGGUGAAGAAGGAAGCGUCUCCAUCUCUCCUGGACCGUCGGCUUCCUGUAACAUCAUCCCUGCAGGUUUUGAUCAGGGUCAGGGCGAUUGUGGAGCAGCAGCAGCAGCAGCAGCAGCAGCACCAGCACAGGAGAAGGAGGAGGCGACGCGGGAACAAUGCUCAGGAUUGUGACCCCUCAUGUUUGUCCGGCUUCAUGUGAAACAUGAGACAAGGUCAGACAAUUAUCGCUACCCUCAGUCAUCCGACCCCAGAAACCUCGCUUGGCCCGGAGUCCCCCCGCUCUGUCAUCAAGGUCAUUGUUGGAACACCUGAAUUUGUUCAGCAUCCUGCAGCCACAGAUUUGCUGCGUAACCAGAUGCCUGCCGCAGAUUCGGAAGUGUGUGGCAUCGUUGGAGCCCCUUUUCUGUGCGGCGCUUCCCGACAGGUCACUGUCCGAGCUGCAACACGGGAGUUAAAUGGGAAGAAUAUGUCCUUGGUUCAUGUCAUGUGUAGUGCGCAUAAUACAUUUGAAUGGCGAAUACGUAGAACAGAUGUCCUGUUUGUCAUUUCCCUGAUCAUGAUUUGCAUAUUAGGUGGAGUGUCUGUCAAAUUUUUGACUUUUUUUAUUGUCUUUUUUGUUUUCUAAGGAAGUUUGAACAUAACAAGCCAUGUACAGAUGAUAUGAGUCGGUGUAUUGUGGCUCAGCCAUAUGUCUCUGCGUGAAUUACCGUCCUUCAUGUUAAAGUUUGUGUAGAAUGGAUGACGGAGUGAUGUAGUCUGUGACAUGAUUAGAAAGAUAUAUAUAUUUGACAAAUCUCACAUUACAGAAGCUUCUUGACAAUGUACGGACAGACGACUAGCUGGUCUUUUUUUCUUUUCUUUGUUAGAUUCUUUGUAAUUCCUGAAGGUUACGAUAAUUUUUGACAAUAGAUUCAUGUUCUGGGUGAAUGUAUUUAAAUACGAAUUGGAUAUUUUAAAUGAAUAAACUGUGUUUAUUUAAGUUACAUGAUUCACACAAUAAUUUCAGCACCUGUUACCAUUCCAUUUGUGAUUCUUGUCCCAUAAUGCACUGCAACAGUUGACGCUCUUGGGGUUAAAAGCAAAUGAAACCUGCUGUAGGAAGUGUAUUGUACACUAUUGACGUACAUUUGAACAGGCCGUUUUGUGUCAUUUUUCCUUUCCUUAGCUACUCAGGUCUCGCAAUUGAAUAUUAGAUUUUUACUGGUGGACUGAUACAUACCGGAA